CAAAGAGUCAAUGUAGUUCGUGUGAUGCAGACUCUUUGUUAAUAUAUUGCUGGUUAUGUUUUUCAGUUGUUUUGGUCUUGUUUCGUUGCAUGAUACAAGGGUACUCAAUUAAUUUCAAUGAGCUGGCCAUCAUUUGAGGCUUCAAUCAGCAUUGGGCAAGCGGGGAAUAUAAUCAGUGACAUGUGGGGCGACGACACCCAAGUGCAGAAGGGGCCCAUCACCUUCUCCUUGAUGAGGAAGCGGCAGUCUCGCGCCGCGGUGGAGCUGCGGGCGUACCGCCCGCUGGGCGACAUGUCUGCGCGCCACGCGGAGACGGCGUGGUUGGUGCUGCGGGGAUAUCUCGACUCGUUGCUCUGCGAGGAGAAGCUGACGGCCGUGCCCAAGCUGCCGCUGGCCACCGACGCCGCCGCCGAGUCCAACGACGCCGGCGUCGACGCCGGUUUCAACGUGGGCUCCGUCUUCGUGAAGACGUCGCAGACGGGCGGCCGCGGCCGCCGCAGGCGCACCUACCAGGAGAUCGGCAACAUCGCCGACGUACUGGACGAGGCCUACACCGACGUCCCUUGGUGCGACGCUGCUGCCCGCAAGCCUGCGCCGCUGCCGGUGGAACGCCCGGUGACGGUGGAGGUGGUGGUGAGGGACCCCGGCACGGGCCGCGACAGCCUAUGCCUCCUGCUGCGGGACCUGUCGCUGCGCUGUCUCACUGUGCCCGGCCGCGGGCUGCUCUCCUUCAAGAAGGCGGCGCUAAGGGGCGCCUCCACCGUCUACCUCGUCACCAGGACGCUGGCCGCCGCCGAGGUCGAGAUGCGCAUCAGCAUCAGGGACCGCGAGAGGGUGCUGUACCAAGGGACGCCCACACCAGUGGGUAUUAAGUACCGCAAAAUUCGCCUCGACCGGCGCGGUCGGCUAAUGCACCCACGGAACACCGUAGUUUCGAUGCGCUAUGCAACGUGGGUCCCGAAGGGGGUGGCGAGAGAAGAGGAAAGUGAGGAGAAGGAGCAACCAACGGAAGUUCCGGCGGAGCGCGAACAAGAGGUGAAAGAUGCCACCACGAGAGAGGUGGAUCUGACGGCGAGCAGGCAGGGCCAAGAGGUUCUCACGGAGAAGUCUGCCACGGUCGUCUCGGAAACGGGAAGCGCUGGGGAGCCCAAGCCACUGGCCAUUCUCACCCCCUUGUGACCUCAUUCUGUACCUGAUACAAUUUAACGAAAUUGCUCAUUCUGGUCAUCCACGACUUUCAGUAAAUUUAUAUAUUACGUGUCUUGUACCGUUUACGUAUUCUCGCCUGUAAACAAAACCUAAGAGGUGGCAGUUAUAACUCAGUAGUUUUUUCUUAAGCCAUCGCACUGUAUUGCACUGGUUUCUUGAAAUAAAGGUUGAAGAGAGAAUCAGCAAACUUC